CUCAGCUCUCUCUACUCUCUGCCCUCUAGUCUCUCUGAAAUCGAAGGCCAACGAGAAGACUAGGGUUUUUCCCGCCACCACCUUCCGCCUUGCGCCACCGCUUCCUUUUCCUUCUCCGUCUACCUCUCUACAAUUUCGUCUUCCUCCCCCCACAGGGAGCGACAACCACCGCCAUCUUUUCCUCUCCGUUCUCCUCCCAACCUGACGUCACUAUCUCCGACACCGCGAGCCUCCGCCGGCCACUGCACCUAGCUGUUUGUGGUAACUAUUUUACUUGAUUACAGUUGCUGCUGCCCCUCAGUGAUUAUAAAUGGCAGAGGACAAAGAAGAAAUCAAGUCAUUUAAAGACCUGGGCGUAGUUGAUCAAUUGAUAGAGGCUUGUGAUAAUCUAGGUUGGAAACAUCCGUCCAAGAUACAGGCCGAGGCCAUUCCCCACGCACUAGAAGGGAAGGACUUGAUUGGGCUGGCACAAACAGGAUCUGGUAAAACUGGAGCUUUUGCACUUCCUAUUCUCCAAGCCCUUUUAGAAACUCCUCAAGCAUUUUUUGCUUGUGUUCUCUCACCAACAAGGGAACUUGCAAUCCAGAUUGCCGAACAAUUUGAAGCUUUAGGAUCUGGCAUUGGUGUCAAGUGUGCUGUGCUUGUUGGCGGGAUUGACAUUGUGCAACAGAGCAUUGCUCUUGCAAAGCGACCACAUAUUGUUGUGGCAACGCCCGGUCGCAUUUCUGAUCAUCUGUCCAACACUAAAGGUUUUUCUCUGCGGACAUUAAAAUACUUGGUGUUAGAUGAAGCAGACAGGUUGUUGAAUGAGGAUUUUGAGAAAGCAAUUGAUGUAAUUUUGGAAGUUAUACCUCGUGAUCGGAGAACAUAUUUAUUUUCUGCUACUAUGACAAAAAAGGUGCGUAAGCUACAGAGGGCUUGUCUGAGGAAUCCCGUGAAGAUUGAGGCUGCAUCUAAAUAUUCCACUGUUGAUACACUGAAGCAACAGUAUCUCUUUGUCCCUGCUAAGCACAAGGAUUGUUAUCUUGUAUAUAUUCUGACUGAGAUGUCUGGAAGUACAUCAAUGGUUUUUACUAGAACGUGUGACUCAACACGCCUUUUGGCUCUAAUACUUCGAAACCUUGGUUUACGGGCCAUCCCAAUUAGCGGUCAUAUGAGCCAGGCAAAAAGACUUGGAGCCUUAAACAAGUUCAAGGCUGGGGAGUGCAAUAUCCUUGUCUGCACUGAUGUUGCUAGUAGAGGACUUGAUAUUCCAUCUGUUGAUAUGGUUAUCAAUUAUGAUAUCCCAUCAAACUCAAAGGAUUAUAUACAUCGAGUGGGAAGAACUGCUCGAGCUGGACGAUCUGGGAUUGCGAUCUCGAUAGUCAAUCAGUAUGAGUUGGAGUGGUAUAUCCAGAUAGAGAAGCUAAUUGGGAAGAAGUUACCCACGUUUCCAGCUGAAGAAGAAGAAGUCCUGCUGCUGUUGGAACGUGUCACAGAGGCCAAGAGAAUAUCCCAAAUGAAAGUCAAGGAAAGUGGAGGAAAGAAGAAGAGAAAGGGGGGAGGAGACGAGGGAGAGGAAGAAAUUGAAAGAUAUUUAAAUGGGAAGUCAUCCUCCAAGAAGUCGAAGAAAAGAUGAUUCGAGGGAUUCUCCCUGCAAAAUUUUGUAGUGUUUUAUUCAGCCAUGCUGAACUUUUUUUGUUUUUUCUGAGAAAAGGGAAAUUCAAAAUGACAUUGUAUAGUAAUUGAUGUCUUUAACUUUUAUUCACAAAAGAGGACUCUGUUUGGUACUGUCCCGCGGAUUGAUUGUUCAACAUAACUUUUACCUAUAUUGUGUUGUGUGGCUUAGAGCAAGUAACCUUGAAUAUGUGUUUACUAAUUUUUUGAUCUAAAAUAAUAUUUGAACUAUUGUGGUUGCUUUU